CGGAAGAGUUGGUCUUGCAGUUUCUGUUCCCCUUUCCCCCGUUCUGGAGCUUGAAGGAGGCGGGUGUUGUCUCGUGGCCGACAUGGACCGAUACGAUAAGACGUCCUUGGACGCGCUCGCGCAGCCUGAUCCCAGAAAUGAAGGUUCAUUAGCAGCCACUCUGAGGACACUUCUUUUCUUCACAACUUUAAUGAUUUUGCUGCCCAUUGGAUUGUAUUUCUCAUCCAAGGUGUAUGUGUUUGAAGGCACCCUUGGAAUGACCAACAGGGACAGCUAUUUUUACGCUGCUAUAGUCGCUGUGGUUGCUGUUCACUUUGUGCUUGCUCUUUUUGUCUACGUUGCGUGGAAUGAAGGAUCGCGGCAAUGGCGUGAAGGCAAGCAGGACUAAAGUCAGCUGUCACGUAAGGGAACAUUUCGCAGGUGGCGUGCCACCUCAAAGAGAACAUUGUCAUGAUGCAUAGAGGUGAAGUCCUCUGAAUUCCAAAAAUCUCCCUUAUUGAGUGGUACAAGAUUUGCUGCUUUGUCUAACAAGAUCCGUGAAUUCAUCAAAUUCAAAAUUUGCCUAUUGGCAAGAAGAGUAUGGAGCAUGCCAGAAGGAAUGUCCAUUUUUGUUCCUACAGGCCGAUUGCAAGGGAUUUGUUUGGUUUUCUUUCUGUUAAGCUGUCAAGAAUGAUGUCUAGGUCCUCAUCGGGACAAUGCAUAAAAUAAAAUGAGUGGACUGAGAA